AUGUCUACCACCGAGGAUGCUCUGGAUCCAUGUGAUGGUGGUUUUGUUGCCUGUUUGCAGACUUCCACUCCUGGCUGCUCACAGCCAGUGAGGAGUCUCUUUGCUAAUGAUAUGUUGGAUGGGAGCUGCCCUCCCCAGCUGCAUUGUGAGCAGCCCCUUAGCCACUGGUGUGUGGAGGACUUCGGUGUCACGGACAGCCAUGAACCGACCUUCUCCAAUGUGAAUGGAUUUCCUGGCGAGGAAAAAAUGCUUAAGAAGAAAUAUCACCCAGAAAUCAAACUAGAUGCAGCUGACCAUAAUGCUCGUAAUGACCCAGAUUCUGUCAUUGGUCUCUAUGCUAGAGCCCUUUUCAAGACAGAAAAUGAGAAUAUCCCCAACACAUUAUCCUAUCGGCCAAGGGAAGUUGGAGUGCAAUGCAACUUUGAAAGUGCCCUGUAUGCACGUGAUAGUAGCAAUACUUGGCAGUGUUGUGUGCAGGCCAAGGUGGUGAUGGCGGCAAAGGGACUGGUGCAUGCUGCUGGUGUGGCUGCUAAUUCUUCUUGGACAGGGGCUAUACAAGGAACUGUAACACUUUUGAGGAUUAUAGUUGCACUCAUAAUAUUUAUCCCAACAUAUGCACCACAGCUAGCACAAGGACCAGCACCAGCAAGUACGUUGUGUGCAAAUAUGACUGGGCAGAGCUAUGACUGUGAGUGCUUGGGGGCCAGAAGGAUCCUUCAGAGUGAGGAGAAGACCAUCUGUGUUUAUAGAUUGGCCAUGGGUUUUGGGAGACCAAAUCGUUCUGUGCCUACAGAGAACGUGAAAGCCAAGUAUCCAGACUAUGAAAUCACUUGGGCAGGUGAAGGCUACUGA